AACAGCUACGGUAAUUUUAUGUUUGUGGAACGAGGGCCUGCAAUGUCAGUGAAAAAUCAUCCGGAAUGCAUACACUAGAGCCAGGAUAAAAACGAGACGUCGCUGAAUAUAUUUGCUAUUUGACUCCCUUCAGGAACACCCACUGACUUCGCGGUUACCAUGCCCGCAGGAACAAACGACCCCGAGAGCAUUUUAAGCUACCAGAGACCGGAUGAGGAGGUGCUGGUGGACCAGGGUGGAACCAGCUCCAUCCUCAACAUCCACUAUGAGAAGGAGGAGCUAGAAGGACACAGGACUCUUUUUGUGGGGGUGCGCAUGCCGUUUGGACGGCAGAGCCACCGGCGCCAUCGCCCUCACAGCUCCCGGCCUCGCAAGCGUGACCGCCCGCCGGGCGUGGCUCCGGAGGACCUGCAGUCACAUGACACGCCCUCCCAGCGCGUGCAGUUCAUCCUGGGCACAGGGGAGGACGAGGAGCAUGUGACCCAUGACCUCUUCACCGAGCUGGAUGAGAUCUGCGUGAAGGAGAACAAGGAUACAGAGUGGAAGGAGACAGCCAGGUGGCUGAAGUUCGAGGAGGACGUGGAGGAUGGGGGCGAGCGCUGGAGUAAGCCCUACGUGGCCACGCUGUCCCUGCACAGCCUGUUCGAGCUGCGCAGCUGCAUCAUCAACGGCACCGUGCUGCUCGACCUGAAGGCCAGCUGCAUCGAGGAGAUCGCAGACAUGGUGCUGGACCAGCAGGAGACAGCGCAGGAGCUGGACGAGAGUGUGCGCGUGAAGGUGCGGGAGGCUCUGCUCAAGAGGCACCACCACCAAAAUGAGAAGAAGCGGAACAACCUCAUCCCCAUAGUGCGCUCCUUUGCUGACGCCGGCCGCAAGCAGUCCGAGCCCCACGGCAUGGACAAGAGCGCUCCAGUUGUCUCCCCACAGUCGGCCCCCACCAACACGGAGGUAAAAAAUGGGGCCAACCAGGACAGCAGCCAAGUGCCAAAGGUGGACAUGCAUUUCAUGAAGAAGAUCCCGACCGGGGCUGAGGCCUCCAACGUGCUGGUGGGAGAGCUGGACUUCCUGGAGAGGCCCAUCGUGGCAUUUGUCCGCCUGUCACCCGCCAUCCUGCUGUCUGGCCUUACGGAAGUCCCCAUUCCCACCAGAUUCAUGUUCAUUCUCCUGGGUCCGGACGGGAAAGCCCAACAGUACCAUGAGAUCGGCCGGUCCAUGGCUACCAUCAUGACCGACGAGAUCUUCCACGACGUGGCCUACAAGGCUAAGGAUCGCAGUGACCUACUGGCCGGGAUCGACGAGUUCUUGGACCAGGUGACCGUGCUGCCCCCGGGAGAGUGGGACCCCUCCAUCCGCAUCGAGCCCCCGAAGACCGUCCCCUCGCAGGAGAAGAGGAAGAUGCCGGGGGCGCCUAACGGGAUUGCUGGCCAGGUGGAGACAGGGGCACAAGGAGAACACCAUGGCCCGGAGCUGCAGAGGACUGGCAGGCUUUUUGGGGGCCUGAUCUUGGAUGUUAAGCGUAAGGCUCCGUUCUACCUGGGAGACUUCCGGAAUGGGCUGAGCCUCCAGUGCCUGGCGUCCUUCCUGUUCCUGUACUGCGCCUGCAUGUCCCCCGUCAUCACGUUCGGUGGCCUGCUGGGGGAAGCCACAGAGGGCCGCAUCAGUGCCAUAGAGUCCCUCCUGGGAGCCGCCAUGACGGGCGUGGCCUACUCGCUCUUCGCGGGACAGCCCCUCACCAUUCUGGGCAGCACCGGUCCUGUCCUGGUCUUUGAAAAGAUCCUCUUCAAGUUCUGCAAAGACUAUGGCCUGUCGUACCUGUCCCUGCGCACCUGCAUUGGCCUCUGGACGGCAUUCCUGUGCCUGGUCCUGGUUGCCACGGACGCCAGCUCGCUGGUGUGCUACAUCACACGCUUCACCGAGGAGGCCUUCGCUGCCCUCAUCUGCCUCAUCUUCAUCUACGAAGCCCUGGAGAAACUGGUGCACCUGGGCGAGCUGUACCCCAUCAACACCCACACCAACCUGGAUGGUCUCACCCUGUCCUACUGCAGGUGCACUCAGCCUGACAGCCCCAGCAACACGACUCUACAGUUCUGGAGCCAGAGGAACAUCACAGCCUCCACAGUGUCCUGGAGCAACCUCACUGUCAAGGAGUGUGUGGCUCUACAGGGCCAGUUUGUGGGGACGGCGUGUGGACACCACGGCCCCUACACCCCCGAUGUGCUCUUCUGGUCGGCCAUCCUCUUCUUCUCCACCUACUUCAUGUCCAGCUUUCUGAAGCAGUUCAAGACCAGCCGAUACUUCCCCACCAAGGUGCGGUCGAUGAUCAGUGAUUUUGCAGUUUUCCUCACCAUAGUCUUCAUGGUACUGAUCGACUAUGCCAUCGGGAUCCCGUCCCAAAAGCUGCAGGUGCCCAGCAAGUUCAAGCCAACCCGGGACGACCGCGACUGGAUCAUCAACCCGAUUGGCCGGAACCCCUGGUGGACGGUCCUGGCUGCUUGCGUCCCGGCAGUGCUGUGCACCAUCCUGAUCUUCAUGGACCAGCAGAUCACUGCGGUCAUCAUCAAUCGCAAGGAGCACAAGCUUCUGAAAGGCUGCGGGUACCACCUGGACCUGCUGGUGGUGGGCGUGAUGCUGGCCGUGUGCUCCAUCAUGGGCCUGCCCUGGUUCGUGGCGGCCACCGUGCUCUCCAUCUCCCACGUCAACAGCCUGAAGCUGGAGUCGGAGAGCUCCGCCCCCGGGGAGCAGCCCCGCUUCCUGGGCAUCCGCGAGCAGCGACUGACGGGGCUGCUCAUCUUCCUGCUCAUGGGCUGCUCCGUCUUCAUGACGGGGGCGCUGCAGUUCAUUCCCAUGCCAGUUCUCUAUGGAGUGUUCCUCUACAUGGGUGCCUCAUCUCUGAAGGGAAUCCAGUUCUUUGACCGCCUUAAGCUAUUCGGGAUGCCAGCCAAGCACCAGCCAGACUUCAUCUACCUGAGGCAUGUGCCCCUGCGGAAAGUGCACCUGUUUACUCUGACUCAGCUCACCUGCCUGGUCCUGCUGUGGGUGAUCAAGACCUCUCCCGCUGCCAUCGUCUUCCCCAUGAUGGUGCUGGCUCUGGUGUUCAUUCGUAAGCUGCUGGAUCUGUGCUUCUCCAAAAGAGAACUCAGCUACCUCGAUGACCUCAUGCCUGAGAGCAAGAAGAAGACGUUGGAUGAUGAAUCUAAGAAGGCUGGGGAGGCUACUGAGAUCACCCUGGGGACUGAAGUGACGGAGAGGGGGGAGGACCAGUCCUCUGUCCUAAUUCCCAUGGAAAGCAGCAAGCUACUGCAGCCCCUUAAAAACACAGACCCCAGGUCUGACCCAUCAGAUAUUAAUAUCUCUGACGAAAUGUCUAAAACUACAGUGUGGAAAUCACUCAGCUCAAAUCACAAGGACAGUCGCCCAAAUCCCACCAAAAAGGAAUGACAGUGAGUGAGGGAGGAGAGUGGAGACCACAGCAGAGGUGGGGAUUUGGGGACAACAGGAUCUCUGGCAGACCCCACAGCCUGCUGGUUAUACAGCAGCAGCAAUACCCCUCCCUCACCUGUAACAUAGAGGCUCUGCCUCAUCUGUACAAUAGAGGCCCUGCCACAUCUGGACCAGUUACCUCCCCGAAUCCUACAGAUGUACGGCCACCACUUACUCCCUUAACUCUUAACCCCCCCCCCAUCUACACCAGCUGACAGUUCUCUAACACUCCUUUAACUCCUAACCCCCCCCUCCCCUCUACCCCAACUCACAGUUCCCCAACACUUACUCCCUUAACUCCUAACCCCCCAUCUACCCCAACUCAUAGUUCCCCAACACUUACUCCCUUAACUCCUAACCCCCCAUCUACCCCAACUCAUAGUUCCCCAACACUUAUUCCCUUAAAUUUUAUCCCGCCAUUUUACAUGGACCAGUCCAACAGUAAUGUCAUGCAUACACCUAGAACCUUUUCCCUCUUUGAAGAGACUGUACUAUAGUGUGGCAGAGGAAACUAAUGACCCGAUCCAGGUUUUUUUUUAAUUCUCCUUAUUUUUUUAAUGCCUGUAUUGUGUCUGAUAGCAUUUUUUCUUUCUUUGAAUUGUUCUUUUUAUCGCCACUUAGGUGUUUUGUAGUGGUUGUCUUUGGUGGUUAGUGGUGCAGGGUGGUGGUAUUGUUGGUGCAGUCUUUUAAAUGUUUCUUUUUAUUCUGAAAACAAUAACUGAAUGACUGCAUAAGUAAAACAUAGAGUAAAGUUUUAUGUCCCAGGCUUAAAAUUAGUGACUGUUCUUUGCAAUGCGAAAAAGUAGUGUUUCCUGUCGUCAUUUGAGUUUAAUUUAUGGUUGGAGAAUCUACAGUGCAGUCUGAGUAGUUGGACAGUGGUACAAUUUCUGUUCUUUUGCCUCUUUACUGCAGCAUAUUGGUUUUUAAAUGGAACAAGGAAUAUUCGGUGAAAGUGCAGACUUUAAUUUGAGGUUAUGUACAUCCAUAUCACUUUUUAUGCAUGGUCCCCUGGUCUACUACAAUGGCAACGGGCUCACCAACUACUGAAUUUGGUAUAGCUAUGUUGUGCCAUUUCUGCGUCAUGGUUACCCAUAAAAAAUUAGCAUAAAAAACAUGCUUUAACUCAAUAACUCAAAUUAAAUCCAACAGAUCCCGACACAAGACCACUCUUUCUGUCAUACUCAUUCUGACAAGCAUGCUUUUUCUAAUUUCAUGACUGUACAGUUUAUUAAACUUGAAUUAGUUCUUAAAAUUCUAAAUUUUCACAAUGAAUUACCCAUAGACUUAAAAUGGGGAAACACAAUGCUACAUAGUUCAGGCUAAUCUAAAGUUCUAAACAAACUUGUUCAGCAACAUUAUCACAUGCAGGUAGUAGCUAAAUAACAUUCCAUAUCACAUGGAUAGUAGGCUAGCAGCAGCCAGUCUCACUGACUGUCCAAAGUGGCAAGCAUUUAGUUCAGCUAGGUUGGCGUACAUAAACACAAAACUUACAUCUAAAUCACCAGCUACAGUAUGCUAGUUUAUUAGGCUAUUAAUAAACACCAACACAGUGAGUUCACUAGGCUAGCCAGCUAGCUCUGGCUACACGGAAAAAUGGCAGUGACGGUGUUAAUGCCAGCCAGUUAACUGGCUAGCUAGCUUUGAGUUAGGCUUUUAAAAAUAGCUAUACCUUGCUAGCUAGCUAGCUGACUGGCUGAUAUGGGAUAUUUCUCAUUACACAUGAGAGAACAUGCCAUCUCGCUAGCAAGCAUUUACCUUAAUAUGCAAAUACCGUGAUGAUGGCAGACAGUUGGCGUCUCCUUAAUAUUUGACUGAAGAAAUAUGUUUCAGACAGAAGAAUUAUAAUUGAAAUGGAAAAGAGUGACACCAACUCUACAUUUAAAUCAUGCAUUAUGCAUGCUAGCUAGCUAUAAAAACAAAACCUUUGGUUGAGAAUUCAAUUCAGACAGGAAUUUAUCAAUGAAAGUACCACUUUUUGCCAGUUGAAUUUGCCAGGUUUUAUGUACAUUUAUAAUGACCUAUUAAUUGAAGCUCCUGGUGUAAAAACUAAGGAAAAACAUGUUUUAAGUUAAAUUAAAUUGAUCAGACCUAACGCUAACAUCUGCAUCACAUCAACAUCCUACAAUAUGCUGCAGCCCUGUGGUUUAUAUUCAGUUAGUGUAGAACAAGACUCUCUUUUAUACAAACUUAUUUGAAUAGCAUUAGCAUGGCAGCAUAUUAUUAUUCUGAUAAGUUCAACAGAUACAAAGUAAAUUCUUUAGAAUCAAAGUGAUUUGUUGGUAAAACUAUCAUUGAGUGACUGUGAAUGCAUAGUAGCCACGAAUGCGCAUUUGGUCAAGGAAGCAAUUACGAGGCAGGGAUGUGACAAUAGCAAAUGAAGGAACCAAAAUGUGCAAACAUGGUGGUGGGGGUUUGAUAUCCGGCUGCCACAGGCGCUGACUCACUUGCUUUCACCGAUAAUGUAAUUAUUGAUGGCAGCAGCAGAAUGAAUUGAGACGUGAAGCACCUUAUCUACUCAAGUUCAAUCAAAUGCCUCCAAACUCAUUGGAAGCACAGCAAGGCAGGGCCAUCCAUGCACCAGUGCUCCCUUCUUCAUGAUGUUCCAUAUAGUUUUGUUUCGGUAAGACUAUUGUUUGGCCUAUGUCUCUGACUUUUUAAAGAUUUCUCUGGUUCAUACAGUAUUUGACUGUCAUUUGUACAACUCUGGUCCUCAUGCUGACAAGCACCAAAAGCCUUGAAUCAUCAUGCGAUACUGAAAGAUUUCUUAUACAUGCACCAAGGAAGCGAUUGAAUACACCUGACUAAUCAGAAAAGGCUGAAAAGCCAAUUGUCCAAUUACUUUUGGUUCCCGAAAAACUAUGUAUAAAAAGGGAUGUAAUUCCUACAGGGCUCACCCGCUCAAUUUAAAGGUGACAAAAGUGGCACUUUGACCUAAUAUUAAUUGUUCAGUUUAAAAUCCAGUUUGCUGGAGUACAUAAAUUGAACCACUGUCCAAAUACUUAUGGACUAAACAGAAUAUGUUUAUGCUUAAGCUGAAAAUGAAAACAUUAAUCUUUGCCUAAAUGUUAACAGACUGACGUGCAAAACACAGUGAUUAAGUCUUGCAUGUUAAAGUUCUCCUGUUGGGACGGCAGUCAUACGUAUGAAGACAACAGACCAGUCUGAAAAUUAGCAAUAAAUACUAAAAAGUAAAAUAGUAAGUGCACAUAGAACAGAGAGCUUGUCCAUUCUGGAACCCACAAAAACACUACCAUGGAAGAGUUAAUGGGUGUACUUGAGAUACUGGACUGUUUAUGCUGCACUUAUGCUGGUGGCAAGAUCAGAGCAACCCAAAAUUGCUCAUCACAGAUAACUGCACGUACCCGCUCUGCUAUAAAGGGCAGAUUAAUAGCAUGACAAAAACAGGAUCAUACUCCUAUGCUCCUACUCCUUCUCAAUACUUCUAUUAUCCUUAACCUUAAACCUGGGGUUUUACAGGUUUGUGCUUAAGACACUGUUGUCCCAGCAACAAGCCCAUCUAAAUUGUGAAAUCCCUUUAUGAAACCAAACGUCCUGACUUUAUCCAAAGGCAUCAACAACCUCUCGUCUCCUCCCUUCAGUGGCGGCCUCUUCCGGGCCAGAUCGUCUGACUGUGUAACCCCUGGUUCUGCAGAUACCAUUGUUCAUUCUGGAUGCAUCACAUACUAUCUCAAUUGCACCCAUAUACCGUGGGGAGGUGUGUUUUUCCAACUGAUAUGCUGGAAUGAACAUUAAUUGGCACUGAAAAUAAAGUGCAAUGAAGUGAUGAAUCCAGGUGUUGGCUGGGGUUACGUUCAGGGAAAUUGUGACUGGGCUUCUGUCACUCUAGGUCUGGCUGCUGAAGUUCAAUGAUGGAUCCAGACAUUACUGUGGUCUGCACUGUAAACUGAGUGGAUCCAGACAUUUCGCUGGUCUGCACUGUAAGAUCAGAGGGGUAUUGUAUCAUUGUGCUCAGGAGACAGUGAAAAAAGUGCUGGCACAUUUUUCUUCAAUAAACAGUCAUAUGUAGUUGCACUUUGUGUAAUAUAGAUAAUAUUACCUUUAUUUUUAUUUAAAUUAUUAUGAUUAUGAAGUACAAUAAAUAAUGUUUUAACAGUCUGUGUCCUUUGUAUGAAGUAUAAAAAACAGUCUGGCAGAUGUUUUUUCUGGUUGUUGUAAGCCAACUUUGGUGUAUGGCAGGCAAAGCGCUAUCUGCUCGAACUUGUGAGACUCCCAAUGUGCAUAUGUUCCAACACACAUCAUCAGGGGCCCGAUGAAGACUAUGUCAGUCCUGGGGCUACGGCAACCUCUUUUGGUUGUCCUCAUGUUGGAGCUGAUAAUAACGGAGCUGUUUUUCCCCAAUCCCACAUGUACUGCUGAGGAUUCACCACUACAGCCCUGCCCCCCGGUGGCCGGAAAGAGAGUGACACGCCUUCCUCAAGCCGUGCCUUCUCAAGCCCCAGACGGUGAUUCCGGGUGCGCUUUACCUGGUCCCACCCCCCACCCUCGGAGCAGUGGCGCAGUUUCGCCACUCUCUUAGGCACUGCCCAUACCCCGGUCCUCGGUGGGCACUGGGCAGCUGCAUUGAACUAAUGCGUAAACUGCCAAUGUACAUACCACGUUUGAUAACUUUGUCAUACAGAUUUGGAAUUAUUAGAAUAUUUUGUGAAAAACUGCACCCACAUCAAUUCCAUUGGCUCAUCAUUAUAAAUAUAACCACUGUAUGUAAUGGCUGUGUAAAGGAAUGUCAGAUGAGCCAGAACUCAUUUCAUGCAAACUGGUCCUUUUUUUUCUCUGUUAACUUGAAUUAAAGUCUACCAUUUACUUCC